AUGGCCCAACACCAAGUCGAUCUAGAAGCUCUGAACAAGUUUGCAUUGGACAUAACAAAGAAAUACACUCCAGAAACGCAACCCCUUGCUUUCUGGGUAUUUGAUAUCCAAUCAGUUGAGAACGCAAUAACCAGAUGGCACAAAAACUUGCCAACGGUCAAGCCCUGUUUUGCUGUGAAAUGUAACCCAGAGCCACACUUAGUUGAGUUAGUUGGGAAGUUAGGAUGUGGCUUUGACUGUGCUACACUUAAUGAAGUGAAAGAAGUCUUAGACCUUGGAUUCAAAGCGGAAGACAUCACCUUCUCACAGGCAUAUAAACCAUUUGGGGACUUGAUAGCUGCUUACUCUCUUGGAGUGAGACUCACAUUGGUCGACUCAGUGUAUGAAGAUAUGAAGAACGACUCGAGUGCCGGUUAUACUCUUGGCGAUCGAUUUGGACUGAAAGACGAACGAGAGUUUGUCGAAGUUUUAGACGAGAUAGAAAAGCUUGGUCUUGAUAUGAAAGGUGUCCACUUCCACGUUGGAAGUGAUUUCCACAAUGUCGAGGCGUUCAAAGGAGCUUUAACAACUGCAAGACAUGUUGCAGCUCUUGCUGAGAAGAGAGGAAUGAAGCCAUGCACUUUCGAUGUUGGAGGAGGAUUCUCACAAACAGAACCAUUUGAAGAGUUUGCACAAGUGAUUGAAAACGCUAUUAAAGAACUGAACUUCCCCGCUGGAAGCAAAUUUAUUGCAGAGCCGGGAAGAUACUUGGCUUCGGACGCUUUCCACUUAAUAACAUCUGUCCAUGGGAAACGUUUGAGAAUUGAAGAAGGCAAAAAAGAGUUUGAUUAUACAAUUGGGGAUGGAAUUCAUGGCGGACUCGCUCACUGCUUUUUGUUUAAAAAGAUAGACGACUGCUAUUGUUUACAGAAAUACGGUAAGAAGUGUGAGGAGUUUGAUUCUUUGAUCUAUGGACCUUCUUGCAAUGGAGCAGACAAAGUGGGUGCAGGGAAAAUGCCAGAAAUGGAAGAAGGAGUCGACUGGGUAGUCUUCCCAUGUGCUGGUGCUUAUACAAUUUCUUUGGCGACUAAUUUCAAUGGAUUCCAAAGCAGAGAACACGACGUUUAUGUCAUGAAAAACAAGGACAUUAAUAAGAUCACAUUGCCAGAAGAGAUCGAAAAGAACUCAAUUCCGGCUUUGAUGUCACACACUGCUCAUUGGAUUAAAAAUUAA